AUACAACCUUCACCGUCUCUAUUUUUUUUUCUCUUCUCUCUUCUCUCUCUCGCGGAAAAAAAAAACCCUAGUUUCUCUCUCCUCUCACCGAUUUUUCCAUUCCGAUGCUUGUGGUCGCAUAGCCAUCCCCGCAGAUCUGGUAAUUCCGGGUUACAUAUGAAAUAACCUUUGAAACAUUUUGAUGGAUGAUGACUUUGCAGAUGGAUAAAACUACUGCUUGCUCUCCAAGGGAGCGAGCCAAGUCCAUACUUGAUAAGACUUUUGCGUUAGAAAACAAGCGUUGGAAGGCUGCUCAGACUCGAAAUCCACCUGACUUAAAUUUGUGGCAGCAAAUUCGUGAGAAUUAUGAAGCAAUAAUUCUUGAAGAUCAUACCUUUUCUGAGCAGCACAACAUUGAAUUGACUCUGUGGCAGUUGCAUUACAAACGGAUUGAAGACUUUAGAUCACACAUCAAUGCUAGUAAGGGUCCCUCUAAACCAGACGUAAUUGCAAACCACAAGCUGCAGUUCAGAACAUUCCUUUCAGAAGCAACUGGGUUUUACCAUGAUAUGAUCUUAAAAAUUAGAUCAAAGUAUGGUCUUCCCCUGGGUUAUUUUUCUGAGGAUCAAGAGACUCAACAUUUGGCUGAUAAGGAUGGAAAGAAGUUACCAGAAGUUAAAUUAGCCUUGGUAUCAUGUUAUCGUUGCUUAAUAUACCUUGGUGAUCUGGCUCGGUAUAAAGGAUUGUGUGGCGAGGGGGAUUCCAAGAACAGAGAGUAUGCUGCUGCUUCAAGUUACUAUUUGCAAGCAGCUUCUCUAUUGCCAGCCUAUGGAAACCCACAUCAUCAGCUUGCUAUAGUUGCUUCUUAUUUGGGGGAUGAGUUUACAACAACAUAUCGUUAUUUCCGAAGUUUGGCUGUGGAGAUUCCUUUCCCAACUGCCCGUGACAACUUGAUUGUUGCUUUUGAAAAGAAUCGUCAGAGUUAUGCCCAAUUGUUUGUGGCUUCCAAAGACUCAUCCAGGAGGCCAACUGGUAAAGGAAGAGGUAAAGGUGAAGAUCCUUCAUCAAAAGAUGCGAACUUGAUAGCUGGUCCUGUGAAGGAUAAAGUAACUAUUUCAAAUGAGAUGCUCAAAGCAUUCUGCACUAGAUUUCUUCGUCUCAACGGGAUUCUUUUUACCCGGACAAGCCUGGAGACAUUCUUUGAUGUUCUUGCCUCCACUAGCAGCAGUUUACGAGAGGUGAUUUCUUCGGGCUCAGUUGACGAGCUGAGUUUGGGCAUAGACACCAGUGACAGCGCACUUUUCAUUGUUAGACUCGUGACAAUUCUUAUAUUUAGCGUCCAUAACUCAAAGAAAGAGACAGAAGGUCAGUCAUAUGCAGAGAUUGUACAGCGUGUUGAGCCUGCCAGAAACUCCUUAACGGCUAGCUUUGAGUUACUUGGACACGUAAUAGAGAAGUGUGUGCAACUGGGAGAUCCUUCGUCGAGUUACUUCUUGCCCGGUGUCUUAGUUUUUGUUGAAUGGUUGGCCUGUUGUCCUGAUGUUGCACUGGGAAGUGAUCCGGAUGAUAGACAGACUGCUGUAAGAAAUAGCUUUUGGAACCAGUGUGUUACCUUGUUCAAUCAAAUCUUGUCGCUUGGACCUAUGUUUAUUGAUGAUGUCGAAGACGAGACUUGCUUCUCAAACAUGAGCUUGUAUGAUGAAAGAGAAACUGAAAACCGACUUGCACUAUGGGAGGACUAUGAACUAAGAGGAUUCUUGCCACUGCUUCCAGCUCAGACCAUUCUCGACUUCUCAAGGAAACAUUCCUUUGGAACUGAAGGUCCCAAGGAAAAGAAAGCUCGUAUAAAGAGGAUUUUAGCAGCAGGGAAAGCUUUGACCAGUGUGAUCAAAGUUGAUCAGAAUCAUGUAUAUUUUGAUUCAAAGAAGAAGAAGUUUCUUGUUGGUAUAAAACCGUCAGAUGACUUGCUGGAUUCUCAUUCAAGCCCACCUAAAGCUUGUAAUACUUUGCAAGAUAACCAAGUAAUGAUGAAUCAUAACUCGCCAGUGAUGCAGCUUGGUCAGCAGAUUUAUAUGGGUGAGGAGGAUGAUGAUGAUGAAGUAAUUGUUUUCAAGCCUCUAGUUACUGAAAAGAAGAAAGAGGCUUCUGACCAAAUAUAUGUUCCUAGUGGAGGCUUCAGGAAACCUGAUCAAGUUGCUACUAUGGGGGACUUUAAAGCUUUAAGUGGUUCUGAUGCAGCUUUUCAUGAAAAUCAACUUCUGCAAGCUAGAGGCAAUGCGAGUAUUCAAGUACCUGCAUCUGUUGGUUCUAACCUUCUGGGACUUCUUCAGCCAUCAACCCAGGCUCAAGCUAUGCAUAUGCAACAAGUUCAGACGCAGGUUCAAGUGCCUGGAUCUGUUGGUUCUAACCUUCUGGGACUUCUUCAGCCAUCAACCCAGUCUAAAGCUAUGCAUAUGCAACAAGUUCAGACGCAGGCAGUGAAUCCUCAGCCAGCCCAAUCACUAGCUGCUGCAAGACUUCAGCCAAUGCAAUCACAGGUCGCACAACUUCAACCACUGCCAUCACGGGUUGUGCACUUUCAACAAACUCAGGCACAGCUUUCACAUGUUUCAGCGGCCCAGACACAAUCUGCUUCCUUUGUUGGUGGUAGCAAGUGGUCACCAGAGGAAGCUGCUUCUCUUGCUAGUAGCCUAUCUGGUUUUGCUCAGAUGGGUAAUGGUCAUCUAAUGAGGAAUGAGAUGCAAGGAAAUCAUGGAGUUUCCUAUUACCCUGCACACCCAUUACCGGUCCACCAGUCUUACAAUGUCAAUGGUAUGGGUGGUAUGCCAUAUUCUCAGUCACGAACAUCUGAAGCUGUAUUGACACCCAAAAUUGAUACUGUUUUGUCAGCCGGAGUUGUUGCUGAUGGCCUGGGCGUCCAAUCUUCGUUAGCAAAGAAAAAUCCAAUCAGUAGAGCCAUUAGGCAUCUUGGCCCUCCGCCUGGGUUUAACUCUGUUCCCUCUAAGCUGCAAAAGGAGCCAGCACCUGGUUCGGAUUUUUCUGGCAACAACAAUCUACCAGUUGAUGAUUACAGCUGGUUGGAUGGAUACCAAGCUCAAUCUUCUCGAGGCGCUGGGCCGAACAGUUCUUUGAAUUAUGCCGCCUCUGGGAAACCAGAACACAUGGGUGGUACCAGCAAUGUACUGAACGGGGUUGCCAACUUUCCGUUUCCUGGAAAACAAGUUCCAACAUCACAGGUCCAAGCAGAUUUUCCUUAUUUCCAGAACCCUCAGAAAGAUAACUUUGUGGACAAAAAUCAUCAGUCAGCUCAACUCCCUGAGCAAUAUCAAGGACAUUCGACUUGGUCGAGUCGUCACUUUGUGUGAGAUCAGAAUGGAAGAGUAACACGGUUUGGGAAUGAUUCAGGUGAGUGUUACGCUACGUUUAUUGCUACCUAACUCCAACUGAUCCUUGUUCUGCUGAAGUCUCUAGUUGGAGUCUUUGUGGCCUUGGCUUCUUGUGGGGCACUUCCUACCUGACGGAUUCAGGACACAGCUCAUGUUGGUGAAAGAGAUAUGUGGUAACAAGAAUGAAUGGUUCUGGGGAAUUGAUAGGAGUAAAGUGCCUUUCUCGUGCUACUUGAGGUGGAGAUGUUAGACCUUAUGAAUAAGAAAGGAAACGUACCUUGUGGCUCACUCUCGAUAUCUGAAGCAGUUGUUUGCUGUUUUGCCCUCUUUAUCCUUUUUUCUUUUCUUUUUGCGUAUAAAUGUGUAGCUGUCCGUCCUCUUGCAGCUAUCUUUCUCUCUUGGAUUGCUUUGCUUUUUGCUUUCCUCUCCUUUAUUCUAUGCUCGUCUCAAACUUCUCUCUGUUUUGCUGUGUCGUUUUAAGUUGAACUAUCAUAGGGUGUGUGACACUUUUCAAGUGCUAAUGAAUAAAAAGGGACUCGUGUCAUAAAACAUGAUUUGGUGUUGAAA